CAAUCACAGCACGCUGCAGAGCUGAGGGCGGGCGAUCACGAGUGAGGUUUAAACAGUCUGGUUUCGGUUCAGAGGAGUAAAGUUGUCUGGUUACUUAUUUUCUAUUGAUUUCUAACACGGAUUUUUAGGUUUCCUAUUUCAGCAAAUACCCGGGAAGAUGUCACACGAAGGGCCUCUGCAGGAGUUGCCCUGCCUGAAUGAGUAUUUGGAGGGAUCAAUGUUGUCCAUAUCCCAGAAGAGCAAACGGAAAAAAAGAGAACGCAUCGGAGACGGUCUGGACACCGAGAACACCCCUCACGAGCUCAUUCACCAGUGGUCACCACCUCACAAGCAGCGGGUGGUCUGCAAGGGCAAAGAGAAUGAGGAGAACCAGUUUGUGCUUGCCAGGCGACCAAGGAAAAGGAGGGAGUUCUCAGGCUUGUCCUGGGACACACUACCAGAUGAGUUACUGUUGGGAAUCCUUUCCUGCCUUCCCCUGCAGGACCUCCUCCGGAUGUCCCGGGUCUGCAAGCGUUGGCAUCGCUUGGCGUUUGACGAGUCUCUGUGGCAUAGUGUGGAUCUUGUAGGGAACCCCCAGCUGGAUCAAGCUCUUGGGCAGGUGCUUAUGGCUGGAGUACUGAGACUGCGCUGCCCCUGUACCUGCAUAGGAGAACCACAUUUCACCCACACACAACACCUGCGUGUCCAGCACAUGGAUCUCUCCAGCUGCACUGUCUCAAGCCCGUUUCUAGAUGACAUCAUCUCCCGCUGCAGGCGACUAGAGAAUCUAAGCUUGGAGGGACUGGAGCUCUCGGACUGGAUCAUUCAGUCCCUAUCCCAGAAUACUGAGCUGGUACGGCUCAACCUGUGUGGCUGCUCUGGCUUCUCACCCGACUCGCUUGGUGAGAUGCUCAAAUCCUGCUCACGGCUUGAAGAGCUGAACUUGUCAUGGUGUGACUUCAGUACUGAUCAUGUGAAGGCUGUUGUCAGUAACAUCCCCUCCAAUAUCACUCAGCUCAACCUUAGUGGCUACAGACAGAACCUUACUAUGGAAGAUCUGAAAGACUUGGUGGAGAGAUGUCCUCACCUUGUAAAUCUGGAUUUAAGUGACAGUGUUCUGAUGACGACCUCAAGUUUCCCCAUCCUGCAGCGGCUGCAGUCUCUUAGACACUUAGCGUUGAGCCGUUGCUACCAGAUCCACCCUGCUGCCUUAGCUGACUUUGAGAAGUUUCCAGAGCUGCAGACGUUAGAGGUGUAUGGGCUGGUCCAGGACACUUACCUGCCAAUCCUGAGUAAAAGUUUGCCCCGUCUCCAAAUCAACACCCGGCCAUUCUCGGGCGUGGCCCGUCCCACCGAGGCUACCCGGCGGGACCGCGCCAUGUGGGGUAUGACCUGUCGACUGGUGUUCAGGUCCUAGUCACAACGCCUUCCUAACGCUGUCACUAACCUGUCAUAACUUAUUUCUGUCUGAUGCAGUCAUUCUAUACAGGGAAUGUAAGCUAUGUUUUUGUCUGCCAUUGUGUGUAUGCACAUUAAUUUGAGCCGUACACAAUUUGUGGUACACUGACCCCAAUUGUUCUCCCUGCUGAUGGAGAUUUGUUUUGUGUUUUUGGCAACACUUUGUUUUUAUAAUGGUGGGCAUUGGUUCAAAGUUACUCUAAGGUCAGUAAUAGGACAUGGCCUUCAUAUAGUGGGAAUUCUAAAUGUUGGUAGAUUGCAUUUCUCCACAGUAAUCUUCCUUGAAUAACAUGCAACUGAAUUUUAAAGGGGUACCUGUUUUAGACAAUUUAACCCUGAUAAUGUUGAAGACUGGGCGUGUAGUCGUAAGGGAAAUGCCUUAUUUUUUACUUGCUAUAAUAAUACAUUCUGAUUUAUAGGAUACGUUAUCAGGAUCGUAUGAUCUGUCCAAUAUCUUGACUUUCAAACAUUCCAAAGACAGAUAUAAUAGAUAAUGUUGGUUCGUUCUGUAACAUUUGAUUAGCUGGAUAUAGUAAAGUUAAUUUCAGUUCAGGUCUAUCAACUCUAAGGCGGGUUUGCCAGAAAGACACGCUAGGAAGAUUGGUCUGUUAGACAUCUUUCCCUCCAUGAUGCAGUGUUUUAUAAAAUUCAAAUUAACAAUGAUGUCAUUUACUUGAUAUAUUUUGUUUUGUAUUUUAAAGUUGGAGACAAUAAGAAAUCAAUGAAGCCACGCUGUUUGUAUUAUAUUUUAAAUCCAGCGCUACGUCCGUUUUGACUGAAUGAAAGCUGAGGCGGCUCUAACAAAAUAUGCUAGAAUCGUUGGCAUUUUUGUGGAAAUUAACAUUUUAAUCUUGUCCCUAAAUUAGGUACGAUAUGAGAAUGUGCACUACACCUAUGUAGUAAAUGGUAGCAUUAGCCACAAGGGGGCAGUAGCUCUGUAUCGGUGCCAUGUUUGGUAUGUUUCCUGUUCAUGCUCACAUUUAUUUGAGAAACUAUUUUUUCUUCUAUUCAUGUGUUUAAAAAAUAAGAUUUACUAUGUUAAAUACUAAAAUGUGAAACUUGCCAAUUUUAUGUAAAUAAAUGUUUUAUUUAAAGUUGUGA